AUGCGUCAAUCUAUUGCGGCUGUGUUCGCCGUAGUGGCCGCUGCCGCUUCGGCGGCUACACCUGGAUCGCGUUUUCAGGCGCUGAGGCCGGCCACCGAAAGUGUCUACGAUCGCAACUACUGCUACGGUCUUUACCCCAAAGGAACACCCUGCCCGAUAGAGGCGGCCACAUUCGACCAGCUUAUCGACCAUGAGAAUCCUUCUCUGGGAACCUUUAAGCAGCGCUACUGGGUCAACCCGGAAUUCUACGCCGGCCCUGGCGCUCCUAUUGUGCUGUCUGGCCCGGGCGAGAGCGCGGCAGACUACUCCGUCUGGUACACAACCAACAACACACUAGACGGCGCUUUUGCGCAGGAAAUCAAGGGAGCAGCGAUUGUGCUUGAGCAUCGGUACUGGGGCGACAGCUCCCCGUUCGACCAGAUGACGACAAAAAACAUGCGCUACCUCACCCUUGACAAUGCAAUGCGCGACUGUGUGUAUUUCGCCCGCAAUGUCAAAUUGUCCUUCGACCCGGAGGGUUCUUCGCAUCCCGACAAGGCACCGUGGGUUUUCAGUGGUGGUUCCUAUCCUGGCGCACUCGCUGCUUGGAUUGAGAAGUUGUACCCCGGAACAUUUUGGGCGUACCACGCCGUGUCGGCCGUCGUUCAGCCCAUUGCGGAUUUCUGGCAGUACUACGUCCCGAUCGAACAAGCGAUGCCGCGCAACUGCAGCAAGGACAUGAAGCUUGCAAUCAAAUAUGUCGACGACCGUCUCUCUUCCGGCGACGAAGCUCGCAAAGAGGCUCUCAAGGCGAAAUUUGGUCUCCCGGGCAUUGCCGACGAUGAUUUUGGCUGGGCUCUAGCCGACGGUCUGCAGAGUUGGCAAGGCACCCAGUUCAACACCGCCCCAAAGGAUGUCACUCUAUUUAACAUGUGCGACUACAUUGAAGGCGUGGGUGGCAAGAAUGGAAGCGCAGGCAAUGUCCCCGACGAAAACGGUGUCGGCAAAUGCGCCGCUGUCGCCAACCUUGCAAAAUGGUUCCGCACCGUCCGAGUUCCGGGCAGCUGUACAAAGUAUGCGUACUGGAAGAACGAUAACAAAACAGUUGCAUGCUGGGACUCGCACGAUCUGAACAGCCCCUUCUUCACUGAUCGUAGUGUCCGCAACGAGUGGAACUUGCAGUGGAUGUGGAUGCUAUGCAAUGAGCCUUUCCAACAAUGGCAGGGAUCGGCCCCGGGCGAUACAGGCCUCGUCUCCCGCUUUGCUACCAUGCAGUCGCUGCGAGACCAGUGCGGGCGGUUCUUUCCCGACGAGGAUGGUUACAGCUACGGCCUGAAGCGUGGCCGCACCACUGAGGAUAUCGUUCGGCUUACAGAUGGCUGGAACCUUGUCAACACAACGCGACUUGUGUAUGUGAAUGGUGAGUAUGACCCGUGGCUGCCAGAGACCGUGUCGUCAACUUUCCGACCUGGCGGUCCACUGAAGUCGACCCCGGAGGUUCCGGUUUUUGUCGUGCCAAAAGCAGCUCAUUGCCCGGAUCUUGUCAUGGACAAUACUUUGUCGAAUGAGCCGUUGCACGAAAUUACUCAAAAUGUCUUGAAAAUUAUCAGCACCUGGGUAGCCGAUUUCUACAAGGAAAAGGGAGUUUCUCAGCCCGGAUUCUGA